CGAGCAGCUGCCGGAUGUGUUCGUCUUCAACUUAUAAGUAGGCCCAACGCCCAAACCGUGAGGUCCUGUGGAUUCUCCAAGUCUUCCAAAGCAAAACCGCACUCGACGACACUACAAUCCAACCCAACCACACAUCAAAAACAAAAUCCAACAGCAGCCAUGCCCGCCUCCUACAUUGUGACUUGCAAGAAGGACGCGACCCCCGAGCAGGUGGAAGCGGCCAAGCAACAUGCCCGCGACCAAGGCGGCCAGAUCGGCCACGAGUACAACCUGAUCAAGGGUUUCCAAGUUAUUUUCCCCGAAGACACCAUUCACACUCUUGAAAAUCAUGAACACGUCGAGGCCGUCGAGAAGGACCAGGUGGUCCGAACUCAAUAGGGCGCGACGGGCUGAUCAGGGGCAACAACUCGGGCAGACCAAUGCGGGGCAUGAUCGCGGGCGGGGAUGUGCUUUGUUCUUUGUUCAGUCAGCCUCGGGAGCACUGCAUUGAUUGGACAAUAACCCUUCCACUUGAACAUACCUUACACUAGAGACACCAAUUUGCAUUGUCAGCUUUUUU